AUGCGAAUGAUUCCUUCGUUAACUAAUCACUUGAUUCCUAUAUUUGUUGAGAAUGCACGUGGGUUGAAUACUCUAGCCUCAUCUCAGCCUCACUCUCCUACCAACCAUCCAUCAACUAUUGCACCUGUAAUUCCUGGUCCAGCUGCAGCAAAUAUCGCUGAGGAUCAAUUAAUAGACAUAAGGUUGAGGGAGGCUGCUAAAAAAGGAGAUGUUCAUCACUUGCAAAGCUUGAUCAAAGAAGUCCCUUUUCUGCUCAGCACAGUUUCAUUAGCAGGUAGUAAUGAAACUCCUCUGCACAUUGCUUGUUUGAGUGUCCAUCUUGAGUUUGCUAAGGAGAUCAUUCAUUUGAGGCCCGAAUUUGCAAGAGAACUAAACCAGGAUGGUUUCAGCCCUUUGCAUAUUGCCUCAGCAAAUGGGGAUAUAGAGAUUGUGAAGGAGCUCUUGAACAUUGACCAUAAUCUAUGCUUUCUCAAGGGGAAGCACAGAAGAAUUCCCCUUCACUAUGUAGUAAUCAAAGGCAGAAAACAUGUUAUAAAGGAGCUUCUUGUGGCUUCUCCAGACUCUGCAGCAGAAGUGACUGCUCGUGGUGAGACUUGUCUUCAUUUAGCUGUCAAGAAUCAUCAGUUUGAAAAUUUCAAAUUAUUACUUGAGAAUCUCAAAGAAUUCAACAAGUAUGGUCUUAUUGUUCAAAUAUGUUACAUAGAGUUGGUUAGCUGUUACAUAGAGUUAGUUAGCUACAGUGUAUUUCCUAAUGUUAGUUAA